AUGACAAUGCAACGAGUCCAAGAUCAAGACAAUGGAAUCAACAUCAAAUUUGGUGGAAACGAGAACACGAAGGGCAGCUACACGCUCGUGUCGCAGAACUCCGAAAAUGAGAAGAAAAGUAACUUAAAUGGGACCAAUAAGCAAGUUAAACAUGUAACAACUGAAGAAGAAUUAGUUCCACCAGAUGGAGGAUGGGGGUGGCUUGUGCUUUUAGCAUCUGUUAUGGUUAAUCUUUUAAUCCCAGGCACAGUGAAAUCUUUUGGUGUUUUAUUUGUUGAAUUUCUUGAAGUUUUCAAUGCAUCACCUGCUGCAGCUGCUUGGAUACCAGCUUUAUGCUAUUUCCUUUAUAGUUCACUUGGACCCCUAUCCAGUAUACUAUCAGUUAAAUAUUCCUAUCGAACAGUAACUUUGUUAGGAGGAACAUUUGCUGCUGCAGGAAUGAUGCUGAGUUAUUUUGCAAAUUCUGUGGCCUUCUUAUGUGUUAGUUAUGGUGUCCUGGUAGGAACAGGGGCAGGUUUGGCUUUCCCUCCAACUGUGUAUAUAGUAACUUCAUACUUUGUUCGGCUACGUGGACUUGCAAAUGGACUCUGCAUAUCUGGUAGUGCAUUAGGUUCAAUAUUUCUUCCACCUGUCCUAGGGGUUCUUCUGAGAGAAUAUGGUUACAGAGGUGCAGUAUUAAUAAUGGGUGCUGUCACUUUGAAUGUGUGGGCGAGUGCUCUUUUGUACGAACCGGUGGAAAAGCACCUGGUGCCAGCUUCGUCGACGAGAAAGUCGAACGACACUGACUUGGAGACCGCCUCGAUCACAGUAACUAGUCCCGAAGACGAGAAGCAAUUCAAUCACGUUGUUUCUACUUUGAACAAGAACGAGAAGGCUGCGCCAAUGGUACCAAAGAGCGCGUCCAGCGUCGCGUUAGAAUAUUACAAAAACACACCAGUGCAAGGUCGAACGAGAAAGAUUAGUAUGCCCACGGGACGAGAGAUCACGGGCCAGAUGCACAGCACGCCGGCACUGCACGCGGUUCCUGAACGUGGUGGCGAUUAUCGAUUAUCGAGACGUCAAAAAUCGCCGUUCCAGUCGCCGAGCACGUCAUCGUUUAACUAUGUCAGCACGCCGUAUCACGGAAGCACGCUUUCCGCUCUGCAUCCGGAAAGGGCAUCCACGUUAACCUUGAAUGCAAUAUCGAGUACGUUUGCAAGAAAAGGCACGGACGAGACGAAUAAAAACGAAGAGAAAGAGAAGAUGAACAAGUUCUUCGACUUCAGUUUAUUGAAGGAUCCAAUCUAUCUGGUGAUUUUGAUCUCGAACUCGACGAACGCCGUCAGCUACACGAAUUUUGUAAUCCUGUUACCCGCGUACGCGAUCUCGUUAGGCUUUGAGAAAAACAUGUCUUCCCUUCUUCUGUCAACCGUUUCGAUCUUAGAUCUGAUAGGUCGUAUCGGGGGCUCUGCCCUCUCUGAUGUCUCGAUUAUGCCAAAGCACUGGUAUUUCGUCGGCGGAUUGCUCAUCUCUGGAAUCUCGUUGGCUCUCCUGCCUAUAGCCACCAGCUAUAGCCUACUGUCAAUUUAUUGUGGUGUUUUCGGAUUAGCAUCUGGUAUUUACGUCGGUAUCACCGCGGUCAUCAUGGCCGAUAUGUUAGGAACCGAAAAACUUACUUCCUCCUAUGGUAUCUCGUUGUUCGUAAACGGUAUCAUACAACUGAUUGGCCCGCCCAUUUGCGGUAUUGUAUACGAACAAAUCGGCAGUUACGGCCCCAUAUUCAGUAUCUUAGGUAUCAUUCUAGUGGUAGGCGCGUCAUUGUGGGGGUUCGUUCCGUUUAUUAAAAGACGACAAGACACCGCAGAGAAAGCGAGUCCCAUUGAAAAGUUAUAG